GAACCAAACCGAUUCUAUCAUCGCAUGAUUUUUGAGAACAACAGCAUUAGUAUUAGCUGCUUAUCAGUAUUAGCGCCUGCUGCUCCGUCCCCCCGGCGGGGGGUGUGCGUGCGUUGUCGACGCUGCUACUGUCUCUUUAAAUUUACCCAGGAGCCCCUUAAGGAGCCCCAGGGGCCCCUAGUCCGGCUCCCCACCCUGAAGACAAGCAAGAGCCUUAAAAUACAUUACUGGAGGCCUGCGCUGAGGCGCUUCCACUGAGAGCAGGACGGAGGAGCGGGCUCUAAUCGCCAGCGGAAUACAAGAUUGUGUGAUUAUAUGAAAAGUUAACUUGGCUCCCGUGCGGGGCGCGUGGGGGGACAUCGUAGAGCACGGGCUCCUCUGCGAUGGGCUCGCUAUAGAGCGCCUGCUAUGCGUGUCGAACGGUGCCGAGCGCUGUUAACAUGUUACUGUUGUAACAUGUUGUUGUUGGAGUGACAUGUCCCGCUUCGGCGCUACGAUACAGUGAAGGAAGGAGGAACACUAGCCACUAUUAAAACAGCAGCCAGGCCAGUGAUGGAAGAGAAAGAAACGGGGGGAAGCGAGCCUGUGGACCUCCGUUGUGCCGAGCAGGCUGAGCUGCUUUCAUUAAUAAUAUGCGGGGAGGAGGAAGCGACGCAAGAGGAGAGUGACUUGGGAGAGGACAGUCUUGCCAAUGGCCAUGGUGAGGAGGAAUCAGAGGCUGGCAUGGUCACGCCUGUCAGGUCUCCAGGCACCAGCUAUUGGAGCAUCACAGAGGGCCCAGACCAGCCGCUCCUCCUCUCCCCGGCCCCCGGGCCAUCCGGACGUAAACCCAGGGUCCAGAGGGCCUCACGUCCGGGCCUGAGCCGGAUCCCAGGCCGCGACCAUCGCCGCUACUACCACGAGUACUGGCGCAGCGAGUACUUGAUGGACUUUGACCCCCAACGGCACGGGAUGAUCUGCAUGGUGUGCGGCAGUUCGCUGGCCACCCUGAAGCUCAGCACCAUCAAAAGGCACAUCCGACAGAAGCACCCCGACUCCCUGCUGUGGAGCGCUGCCGACAAGGAGGUCAUCCGCUCAGGGUGGGAGAGCCACCUGAGUCUGGGGGGAGGCCAGAGGUCAUACAGCUCUGCUUCUGGACCGUCACAUCAGGAAGAAGAGGAGCAACUGGACUCAGACCAACACGCUGCCGAACCCCUGUACCCUGUGACACCCCAGGAGCAGCAGCAGCAACCCCUCAGUCUAUCUCCCCGCUCAGAGGAGGGUGAAGCCCCCCAGCCCCAAGAGGAGGAGCAGGACCUCCCCGGGCCAUCAGCUCGGACCCUGGAACGCUACCUGAAUGACUCGCUGCACGCCUGGUUCCGCCAGGAGUUCCUGAUGGAGUAUGAGGCGGAGGCCGGACGGCUGCUGUGCAUGGUGUGUGGAGGAGAACUGCCCUCGCUUCACCUGGACCACAUCAAGAGCCACGUGCUGGACACCCACCCCAACUCCUUGGUCUACAGCUCCGAGGAGAAGCACUGCAUCCUGCAGGCCUGGGCUCAGACUCAUGAAGAGUCAGAAAACGCAAUCAAAUCAGAGCCCAACACCAAAGAAGGCAGGGUGGACCUCUUUGCUCAGGACGUGGAGGCCAUCCAGAUCAACACUGACUUGUACCCAGGAGGUGAUGGCACUUUAACUCAGGACACUUGUCUUAUCGGUGAGGACGGAGGUGUUGGAGCUCCACAACAGGGACCCCAGCUCCUCCGCCAGUCCAGGAAGAGGCGGCUGCGCGGGGGUGACCCGUGGCGGCUCCGCCUCGACUACCUGGUGGCCUACGGGCCUCAGGGCCGGGGCACGUUCUGCAUGGUGUGUUCUCAGGUCCUGCACGAAACCAAGGUCAGCAGCUUCCGCCGCCACAUCCAGGAAUAUCACCCCGAGACCAAAACCCUGAGCCGACAAGAAAGGGAAGCCAUGGCUGCUGCCUGGACCAAAGAUUAUUCUAGUGAAGGCACGCAAAUUCAAGACGAAAUCGACCCGAGCAGAGCCGAUGUCCUAAACACCACAGGAGAGACGAAUGAGGACGCUUCCUCUGAUGUCAGAACACCCAGCAAAAUGGUGAAGAAGGAGGAGGGUGUGAGUGGAGGGAAGGGUAAAGCGAGGGACGGCAGCGCUGCAGCUACGCCCUCUCGCCAUGGCCAUUACCCCGGGAAGGACCAGAGGAGGAACUACCAGGUGCGCUGGCGGAUGGAGUACCUGAUGGAUUACGACUGUCGCAGACACGGGCUCAUCUGCAUGGUGUGUGGAGCCACUCUGGCAACGCUGAAGGUCAGCACCAUCAAGAGGCACAUCCAGCAGGUACACCCCCACUCUCUGUACUACAGCCCAGAGGAGAAGCAGCAGGCCCUGCUGAGCUACAACCAGACCGCCCUGCACUUCAUCCACUCUGAUGACUGCUUCUCCUCCCAAGACCACGGACACACCGAGCUGGCUCCCACUCCAGCACACUUUGGCACUUAGAAAGGGCUUCCAUCCAUUGCUCCUCACAUGGCCCCUGUUCAGAAACGGCCCUCCCCCUUCUUUCUUAAAGGGAAAUUCAAGUAUUUGUCAAACAGGGUCUUAUUCUCGCCCCUUGUCCCCUCUGACUUUGUUCUUACCAGAGUAGUUGUAGAGAAUUUCCCAAAUCUCUACAAUGCAGUUGCUGAGUAAAAUGUUAUCAUGACUAGUUGUCAUAAUGGACAAAAAUAUGAGAAUAAGACCCAGGUUGACAAAUACUGGAACUCUGGAUCUGAGAGUACUGCUAUGCCCUGUGGCAGGUAGCCACAAAUGAAGUUUUACAACCUAAAAAUGUCAUGGCCUAAAAAAUGAAAGUCCAGCCAACUAAAUGAUGUUACCAGUUAGCUUGCCAGAGAGAAAACUAGCCCUGCAAGUAGUCACUACUACGUCACCGAGCUUCUAGUGCUACCUGUUUUGUGAAGACACACAAAUUAUUUUCGCUUACGCACUUUCUGGUCUGACCAGCCACUAAUACUGAACUGGGGCUUUAGACAUUAAAACUCCUCUAUGAGUGUCUGGACAUUUAUUUUUUUAACUCCAAAAUUUGUAGUCAUGGUAUGUGCUGUCUACCUAUUAUCUUUCAGGUCCGGGAGGGGCCCAGGGCUUGUUUCUGGUCAGGGCCAGAGUCUUACGCUCUCAGGAAGUUAGAAACCGAGUCUCCAGCGAGGCCGAGGUGAAUUAGUUUUACGAUAAUGUGUCUGAAGACAACACAGCACUUUGUCCCCAAAAAUGUACUAAACCCCAGCUUUCCUUCUGUACAGCCAAUCGAAUGAGACUGUGUUUGAUGUUAUUGCUGAAGACAAUGAAUACCAGCGUGCAGUCAGUGAGGUCAGAUUUCUCUAGUCUAUUUAAUUUCUUGUUUACAGUGGAGGAGAAGGACGUCUUCCUCUCUCUCAUCCAUUAUAAUGAGAUAUGUUAUCUCUCUGUCAGUCUGCAUUGUUGCUACACCGGCCUGCAUCCCUUUCAUCAUCUAAAACUCAUCUUACUGCACAAAAAAAGAAUAUGUAAAUAUAUGAAAAAAUAGAAUUAUUUUUCCUUUAUACAAGCACUUUUAUGCACCCUGGUUUCUACAAAAUGUGUUUGUAAUUAUGUCUAGUUUUUCUACUUCAUUCAAGAUUUCAACAAUGACCUUGUUCUUUAACAGCUGAGAAUGGCUCGUUGGACUUUUGCUUUAAAAGGUUUGCUCCAGCUUUGGUACUGCUUAAUUUUUGCAUUCACUGUACAAAGUGUAUGCAACAAAAGAAGUUGAAGAAUAGCUUAAAGCUGUCCGAGAAAGAAAAGUCUGCCAUAAAAUGUCACUUCUUCACCUGGAAAGUGUAACUCAGGGAUUCUGUUUUCAUCAACAACCAUUUCAUCUUUUAGAAACACGUUUGCAGAUACUGGAUACAUGUGUCAACUUUGGUUGCAUAGGUGAUGCUAUAAAUACGACAGAGUAUUAGGGCAACUGUUAAAACAAAAAACUGAGAUUUUGAGAAAGUCAAAAUAUUUUGAGAAUAAAUUUAUAAUGUUAGGAGAGUUAAGUUGUAAUUUAGAGGAAAAAGCCAUAAUAUUUAAAAAAAAAAAAAGUCAAUGUUUCUGAAAAAAGUUGUAUUUUGACUUAAAAUAAAGUCGUAAUUUGGAAAAAAGGCAUUAGGAGAAAAAGUCUUAAUAUAUUGAGAAAAAAGUCAUGCUAAAAUAAAGUUGUAAUUUUGAGGGAAAAGGUCAUAAUAUUACAAGAAAGAUCAUAGCAUUUCAAGAAAAAGUCAUAAUGUUAGAAUAAAGACGCAAUUGUGAUAGAAAAAUGUCAAUAUUACGAGAAAAAGUUGUUAUAUUUAUCAAAAAAAAUUCUUAACAGUGUCCGUAUUACUCUGUUGUACAAUGACAGAAUUUUCUCAGUUGAAGCUUUUGAUACAGAACUACUACACUGUAGUUGUGAAGGACAAGUCUGCACAGGCAAACUGCAACACCCUGAGAGCAGAGAAACAGUGUCAUAUUUCCAUUUCAUUGGUCCACUUUGGCUAAGAAUAGGCCCUCACACCACUCUAGAAGAGUUCUGACAUAGCACUUAAGUAUUUAAAAUGAAGUAAGUUACAAUGUUUGUUAAAAUGAGAUCCGAUGCAUUUGCUUGUGUGUAUGUGUGUGUGUGUCUGUGUGUUUAUACUGUGUAUGUGUAUGAUGGUGUGGGGAAAGAUCCUCUUUGGCUCCUCAUUUUUCUUCACUCUCACCACGUCCGCUCACCUCUCAUCUGUACAUGGCCAACAUGUGAGAUAUGCAUUCUCUCCUCAAUGAUCUUUCAAUAAAUACUCAACACUGUGA